UUCCUAAUCAGAUCUCCCAGUGAGCGAUAGAAUCCAUACUCUUCCUCGAGAAACCAAAUCCUAAUGGCGACUACGAUCCCACUCUUCGCCUCCUUCAAGUACGCAGACAGCCUAACCGUCGUCGGAAUCUCCUUCUGCACCGCCCUAGUCUGCGAAGCCAUCUCCUGGAUCCUAAUCUACCGCACGAGCUCCUACAAGUCCCUCAAACACUCCAUCGACCGCGCCGCGAAGAAGCUCGAGACGAUGAAGACCGAGAACCCUUCCUCCAAGCUGACGAUCAAGAAAUCGAAGACGAAGAAGAUCGACCGCGUCGAGACGAGCCUGAAGGAGUCGAGCCGAGAUCUGUCGUUAUUCAAGUUCAAAUCGGGAGCCGUGGUGGCGCUCGUGCUAUUCGUCGUCUUCGGGCUGCUGAACUCGCUGUUCGAAGGGAGAGUCGUGGCCAAGCUCCCGUUCCACCCGAUCGCGAUCGUGAAGAAGAUGAGUCAUAGGGGGUUGAAAGGGGAGGAUGCGACGGAUUGUUCGAUGGCGUUUUUGUAUUUGCUGUGUUCGAUUAGUAUAAGGACGAAUCUUCAGAAGUUUCUAGGGUUUUCUCCGCCGCGUGGUGCUGCUGGUGCUGGUGGUUUGUUCCCCAUGCCUGAUCCCAAGACUAACUGAUGAUCUGUUAGUUUUGAUUACUGUUUUUUUUUUUAAAUUCUUCGUAAUAAGAAACUGUUUUAAGUUGUGGUGAUUAUGUUUUUGUUUGGGUUUUUUUAUUGAUUGGAUUUAUGGAACUAUCCUGUUUAGUUGCUGCGUUGUGUGACUGAGCUCCUCUGUGUUGUUGCUAGCUCAGAUGAUAGUCUCUCGUUUUGAUUCA